AUGGCACAGGUUGCUUCGAGCUCGAAGCUACCCCUUGCUCUCCCCGCCAACGACCAGCACCAUCGUCACAUCGAUCCCCGCACCGACAUGGUGGGUUCUUCCGGUGCGGUGUACUCCGCCGCAGCGCACGGCUCGGCCGCACUCAAAUCCGACGCCGCUCCUCCCUCCGCCGGGCCAUCGGCUUCAUCCUCACUGCGCCCACCAGAAAUGCCCACCACAGCUGCCUCGCUCAUGCGCGAAGGUCCCCGCGACUUUACCGUCAUCAAGGACGUCGGUGACGGCUCCUUCGGCACGGUAUGCCUCGCCGACUGGAAGAGCCCACUUCCGAGUGGCACCAUGCUCUCGCCCAUGCAGCAUCCCACCACCCGUCCCGAGUACAUCGGCAAGCGUCUCGUCGCCAUCAAGAAGAUGAAGAAGCCCUUCCCCAACUGGCAGGAGUGCAUGAAGCUCAAAGAGCUCAAAUCGCUCCUCACCAUCCCUCCGCAUCCCAACAUCAUCCCGCUCUACGAUGCAUUCCUCAUGCCCACGACAAAAGAGCUCCACUUUGUCUUUGAGUGCAUGGAGGGCAACCUCUACCAGCUCACAAAGUCGCGCAAAGGCCGUCCGCUCGCCGCUGGUCUCGUCGCCUCCAUCUACGAGCAGAUCGCCCUCGGCCUCGACCACAUUCACCAGCACGGCUACUUCCACCGCGACAUGAAGCCCGAGAACCUCCUCAUCACCACCACAGGUCUUGCAGACUAUCCGCAGCUUCAGCCGGGUGCGCCGCCAGAAAAGGACGUGCUCGUCAUUGUCAAGCUCGCCGACUUUGGCCUCGCCCGCGAAACACUCAGCAAGCCACCUUAUACCGAGUACGUUUCCACCCGCUGGUACCGUGCCCCAGAGGUCCUCUUGCGCUCGCGCGACUACAGCAAUCCCGUCGAUAUGUGGGCGCUCGGCACCAUCCUCGCCGAACUCGUCAACCUCAAACCGCUCUUCCCGGGCCACAGCGAAGUCGACCAAGUUCUUCAGAUCUGCGAAGUGCUCGGCGACCCGAGCCACAGCUACGGUCACGACUCGCGCAGCAGACGCAACGGAGGCGGUCCGUGGGACAGGGGCAUACGCAUGGCGAGGUCCGUCGGCUUCCAGUUCCCAAUCUGCAAGCCCGUCAAGUUUUCGCGACUCUUCUCCGAUCGCGUCCCCCGCAGCCUCGUCGAUUGCAUCGAGGACCUCCUGCGCUACGACCCAAAGGCACGCCUGACCAGCAAGGACUGCAUCGAGCACGAGUACAUGAAGAUGGAUGCCCCACGCAUGCGACCACCCCAGGCCAAGCCUGUCGUCAGCGCAACCGCUCCCCUUCGCCCUCAGCAGAACUUUGCCGCCAAUGCGGGAGUAUCGCGGCCCGUACCCCCCUCGCAUUCGACUCCGCUGUCGCCCCAAGCAUCCAAACCACCAUUCGGUGCGGCAGAACCCAACCUCAAACCGAUGGCCAUGCUCCGCCAGCCCAACGGCUCCGCUGUCGUCAUGGUCAACGGCAGCCGGCCGACCGACACCAGCGACCCGGCUGCCAGUGCGAAUGCUUCCCCUGCUUCACCAAUGCAGGUAGAUUCCGCCGAGAUGCAGUGGGCUCCGUCGAUGCCUUCCAUGCAAAGGGACGUCUCGCUGUCCGGAUACCCAGCGUUCCCCGAUUCGGCAUCUCUCUAUGCGCAGAGCAGCUCGACACACCACGAUGACCCGUCCUCCGGCGCUCCUUCCUCGGAUGCCACAGUCGUGCUUGGCAAUGCAUCCGCCGCACCCUCGGCCAGCCAAGCAACCGAUGCGACGCUCAAGCAUGGCGAUUAUCGUCAGGGCCAGACGUUGCAAGCGCACCAGUACGAGCAAUACCAACGCCAGUACAGGCAGGACGUCGCCAACCUGCAACGUGACGCUUACGAUGAUCCGCAGGCUAGGGGCUUCGCUCCCCAUGCUGCCGGAUAUCCCCAUGUCGGCAUCGACAGGGGGCUCCCUGGAGCCAUGUCCUCGGGCGACCUCUCCCAGAAGAAUGAAUCCAACGCUAGCAACGAGACCAUCGGCUCUCGUGACAAGGAAAGACGCAGGAGCAAGGGCUGGGGCCUCAACAUUUCGUCCGUUUUCGGAAGCAGCGGCGGCAGCACCACUGCUGUUGGCUCGAGCGGAGGUGCCGGUGGCAACACAACUGGCGCUGCACAGCACUAUGGCUCCCCCAACGCGGCCGCCGCUCGCAUGGCGUCCAACGGCAUGAUGCCUCACGCGCAGCAGGAUCUCAGAUCGCCUAUGGAACCGACGCCCGCCCAGAAGAUCGCGGCUGAGCAUUCCGGUGCGGCGCCGCAAUCGAAUGGAGCGCCGUCCAAGCCGGUCGAUCCGAAGAAAGCCAAGAAGGAGGCCGAGAAGGCGGCGCGAGAGGCUGAAAAGGCAAGGCGAGAGGCGCAACAGAAGGCCGCCCGCGACCGAGCGCGCGCCGUCAUGCAAAAGCGCAAUCAGCUCCUCGCCUCUUCCAACAGCAAGGAUCCCGUGGAAUGGCUCGCGGGCUCCAUCCAGGCCGACGAGCCGUAUCGGACGGGUCCGAGCGAGAAGGCGCGCGGCAAGCAGCCUGCAGCGCCGGGAUCGCAGCUCUCGCCGUCCAUGCCAAGCUACGGAUCGGGCGAGUUCCCCCGCUCGCCGUUGCAGCCGCCUAUCCAUGGCCUGAGCCCCGAAUACGGUCUUGCGGCAAAUCCCGCGGUGACCGGCAACAUGGCGUGGCGUGGCGUCGGGGCUACGCGGUACAGCCGCUCCAACAAGGCGCGACGACGGGAGCAUGACGACGAUCAUUCCAUGUCAAGCUUCGAAGAUGCGGUCGAUCCGCGCCGAGCCUCGAUGCAGUCGUACCAAACCGGCGACAGUGAUCCGGGACCCGGGACCGGGUCGCAUCUGCCGCAAGGGCAUCAUAUCCAGCGAGCCAGCUCGUCCUCUUCGCUCGCCUCGGCUCCGUCCUUCGAUCAGCGCCGCUUCGCCCCGUCCCUGGAGUCGCAUCGCAACUCGCAAGAGACACGUUCGAUCAGCUCCUUGGACCAUCAGCUGAUCACCAACAUGGAAAACAUGACGGCAGCCGAAGCUAGAACUCGCACGCCCGGCAAUGUUUCUCCCGGUCCGGCGCAUAUGGUAGGGGCUCGUCAGUCUCUCAGCCGUCAGAGCCGAGCGAACAGCCGUGCGUCGUCGACAUCGGCGCAUCGACAAGGCUCUGCAUCGCCGUUGCACCACGCCAGUGGAAUCCCGCGCUUCCACCCUUACCACGGCGGAGCAGGUGCGGCUCCGGCGGGCUUCCAUCCGAACUAUCAGCUGCCGCCUCUGCAUCAGAGCCUGCACAAUGCGAUCCCCCAUCGCGGCGACACCGGCGGCGAUGGAUCGGCUCCGCAGGCAUUCCAACCGAACGCGGGCCAUGCCCAGCAGCAGCAUCACAUCAACCCCAUCUUCCACGUGCCAAGUGGGAACGGCGGACACGGAACAACGCUGCCGCCCUUCUCGUCGAUCGCAGCAUCGAUUGAUGCUUCGAGCACCGACGACAAGACAGCCCAGAUGCUCUACGCGCAGGCACGCGCCUCUGGUCCUCUGCCUCAAAACUGA